UUUGGCACUCUAAGAAGAAAAACAUUACAUGUGUUUUUAAUUUUUUGUGAAAUCUAUGCAGCUGGAAGGGGUUGGACAAUAACUUCCCUUUUUAGGGUCCGCCCUUUUAUGUAAGCAGAAACGAAAGGAGGAAAAUAGUUGACUCAACUGGGGAGGUUUCGGUUGGAGUGGAGAUAACAAUUUGAAAUAUAUCAAAAACUUCUGCAGCAAUUAAGAUAUUUAUUUUUUUCAAAGAUGGAUUCGUCUUUCCGACCAGCACUGUUUGAUUUCCACGGAGUCUCAAUGACCCAUUAUUUCACAGACAACUGGGACAAUGUUCAAAACUUUCAGGCCAGGCCGGAUGACAUACUCAUUGCAACAUAUCCCAAAGCAGGAACUACAUGGGUGUCUUGCAUCCUUGAUCUCCUUCAUUUUGGUCAAACUUCUUCAGAGCGCCAGACAUCCAUCUCAAUCUAUGACAGAGUGCCUUUCUUGGAGAUGUCGGUCCCGUCUGUGCCAAAAGGUACAGAGCUGGUAGACAAGCUUGUCACUUCUCCUCGACUCAUCAAAACUCAUUUUCCAGUCCAGUUUGUGCCGAAGUCUUUUUGGGAGCAAAACUGCAGGAUUGUUUAUUUGGCUCGCAAUGCCAAAGACAGUGUCGUGUCAUAUUUCCACUUUGACCGCAUGAACAUGGCGGAACCAGAACCCGGAGAAUGGAGCAGCUUCCUCCAGAGAUUUAUGCAAGGAAAGAGUAGGUACAUUAUGAAAUACAAUUAUACAUCUCUUCCACAGUCUUAUAAUGCAUUUGUUUGCUUGUGGUCAGUGGUGUUUGGAUCCUGGUAUGAUCAUGUAAACGGCUGGUGGAAGAAGAAGCAGACUUACUCAAAGCUCCAUUACAUGUUCUAUGAAGAUCUGAUCGAGGACACUGGACGUGAACUAGACAAACUCUGCAGCUUUGUUGGUUUGUCUCCUUCAGACGAGCACAAGAAAAGCAUCAUUGGCACGGUGCAAUUUGAUAAUAUGAAAAAGAACAAAAUGGCCAACCACUCCACGAUUUCAAUUAUGGAUUUCAAAAUUUCACACUUCAUGCGAAAAGGAAAAGUUGGUGACUGGAAGAACCAUUUCACUGUGAAUCAGAAUGAACACUUUGACGAAGAUUACAAGAAAAAAAUGACAGAUCUCACACUGGAGUUUCGCACUGAAAUGGAUAUUUCUGCUAUUUAGACUGAUUUAGUAUUACCAUGAGAAAAAAGUUACUGAAUAACCUUUCUUGUCAACAGUAUUAAUUAUUAUUAAUUUUUAAUAGAUUACUAAAUCACAUACAAAUUAAUGUAUGUAAAACAAGUGCAUCUAUAUGUAUAAAGCAUUAAUUGCCGCUGGUAUAAUCAUUCAACGAUUACAAAUAAAAUAAUAAUGCAGUUUUACAAA